AUGGACUUCGUGUACCCUCGCCCGGGCGCGGGCUACCGGGGCCCCCCCCCUGGAGCCAGGCCCAGGGGCGGGGCACCAUGGCGAGCGCCUGGUGGCCGGGCCUUCACCCAUGGGGCCCGGCCGGGCCCAGCCCGAAGAGGAGACAUGGGUCCCCCUUCGCACGGGCCCACCACCCGUGGGAGGGGCCAUAGGGGUCGGGUGCGCUGUGCCUUGGGCGGCGGCCGGAGUCGGGGAUCUUGGCGGACUGAUCCCCGGCUGCAGAAGCUGGCUCUAGGGACGUGGAACGUCACCUCUCUGGCGGGGAAGGAGCCUGAGUUAGUGUGCGAGGCGGAGAGAUUCCGGCUGGACAUCGUCGGUCUCGCCUCGACACACAGCUCUGGCUCUGGAACCAGCCUUCUUGAGAGGGGUUGGACGCUUUGCUACUCUGGAGUUGCCCCCGGUGAGAGGCGCCGAGCAGGAGUGGGCAUACUCAUUGCCCCCCAUCUCGGUGCCUGUACGUUGGGGUUUACCCCAGUGAGCGAGAGGGUAGCAUCCCUUCGCCUGCGGGUGGGGGGACGGGUCCUGACUGUCGUUUGUGCCUAUGCGCCUAGCGGCAGCACAGAGUACCCACCCUUUUUGGAGUCCUUAGAGGGGGUACUGGAGGGUGCCCCCCCUGGGGACUCUCUCGUUUUGCUGGGGGACUUCAACGCUCACGUGGGCAACGACAGUGGGACCUGGAGGGGCGUGGUUGGGAGGAAUGGCCCCCCCAGCUUGAACCCGAGCGGUGUUCUGUUUUUGGACUUCUGUGCUCGGCACGGAUUGUCCAUAACGAACACCAUGUUCAAACAUAAGAGUGUCCAUAUGUGCACCUGGCACCAGUACACUCUAGGCCGCAGUUCAAUGAUCGACUUCGUUGUCGUUUCAGCUGAUCUGCGGCCGCAUGUUUUGGACACUCGGGUCAAGAGGGGGGCGGAGCUUUCCACCGACCACUACCUGGUGGUGAGUUGGCUCCGAUGGCGGGGGAGGAUGCCGGUGAGACCCGGGAGGCCCAAACGUGUUGUGAGGGUCUGCUGGGAGCGCCUGGCGGAGUCCCCUGUUAGGCGGAGCUUUAACUCCCACCUCCGGGAGAGCUUCGAACACGUUCCGGGGGAGGCGGGGGACAUUGAGUCCGAGUGGGCCGUGUUCCGCGCCUCCAUCAAUGACGCGGCCUCCCAGAGCUGCGGUCGCAGGGCUGUCGGUGCCUGUCGUGGCGGCAACCCUCGAACCCGCUGGUGGACACCGGCGGUGAGGGAUGCCGUCAGGCUGAAGAAGGAGUCCUAUCGGGCCUUUUUGGCCUGUGGGACUCCGGAGGCAGCCGAUGGGUACCGGCAGUCCAAGCGACAUGCGGCUCGGGUGGUCGCCGAGGCAAAAACCCGGGCGUGGGAGGAGUUUGGGGAGGCCAUGGAAAAAGACUUCCGUACGGCCUCGAGGCGAUUCUGGUCCACCAUCCGGCGUCUCAGGGGGGGGAAGCAGUGCCCCACCAACACUGUUUACAGUGGGGAUGGUGUUCUGUUGACCUCAACUCGUGACGUUGUGGGUCGGUGGGCGGAGUACUUCGAGGACCUCCUCAAUCCCACUGGCGCGUCCUCCGUUGGAGGGGCAGAGCCUGGGGAUCCGGAGCUGGAAUCUCUAAUCUUCGGGGCUGAAGUCACCGAGGCAGUCAAAAAGCUCCGCGUGGCAAGGCCCCGGGGGUGGAUGAGAUUCGGCCGGAGUUCCUAA